AUGCUACUGUUUAAUUCAAGAAACUUAAAAAGUAUAUCAAGACUAAAUUUAAUUAGACAGUUUAAACAUGAUAUAAGAAGUAUAAAAAAAUCAUCUUUAAAUAAUUAUGAAACUUCAACUAUAAAUCCAACUUCAACUUCCUCAUAUACUUCACCAUUUAUGGAAAGAUAUUUGCAACCACUUAAAAAUCCAGCUAAACCAACAAGACUUAAAACUAAUCUAGAAAAUCAAUCAUUUUUUGAAAUAGAUUCAUCACAUUUAAAACCAAAGAAUACAUUAACUGGUCAUUUUUCAACAAAACAUGAUGAUGUCCCAAGGCCGAUUUAUGAAAAAGAAGUCAUUUACCUUAAAAACAUGUUGGAUACAUUUUCAAAUCAACGAUAUUUUGACAGAUCAUUACAAAUCUUCAAAUCAUUGUCCAUGUUAGUCACUUAUCAUGAGUUUACCCAGCUCUGUAAUAAAUAUCUUGAAACAAUAUGUAUAAAUGAAGACGAAGAGAACAAAUUCCAAGUACAAGAUCUCAAAAGUAUAACAGAAAAACUUACAAAAGAAUGUAAUUUUAUCUCAGAUGCAAGAACUGAUGCAAUUGUUUUAACUAAGAUGUUGAAGGAUGGCGAAAAUGUAAGAAAUUUUCUCAAUGAUAUAGAGGAAGAUGUACUUGGGGGUAUAAAACAAGUUUUGAAAAAUUCUGAUAUAAUAGGUUUAAAUAAUUACUACAAGUUAUUUGAUAGUGAUUUUAUAACUAAAGAUUGCAUACCGAAAGAAUUACAAGAAGUUUACCACGAAUAUAAAAUGAAUAAACAAGAUGUAGAAAUAUUAGAAGAUACCAUCAAAUUACAAACCAACAAAUUAAUGGAUCCAUUACAAAAAGAUAAUUUAAAAGAAUUAUUACCAGUUGAAUCUUUUGGUUUAAAAGUUGUUAGACAUUCAUUAUUAGGUUUGAAACCAAAUGCAGAUUCAGCAGCUAAAUUUUCAAUAGAUAUAGAGGAAAUAAUAAAAGAUUUAGAAGAAAAAACUAGAUUGGAAAUUGAAAAAGGGAAAUUGAAUUACCAUGAAAUUUAUAAAAAAUUGGAAACUGACGAUCAAAGAACUCAAUUCAAUGAAGCACUAGAAGCAUUUAAUAUUGAUAGACAAAAAGAAUUAGAAAUUAGAGGUAUAGAAGGUGCCAAAGAAAAAUGGAAACAUGAUUUUGAAGAACAAAAGAAAAGAGGUGAUUUUAAUUUAUCAAAAAGUUUAAAUGCUCAAUGUUAUAGAUGGUAUCGAGACUUAGUUCCAUUAAUCAAAAAAGAACAAGUAUUAUGUAAAGCUCUAUUAGAAGGUGAUACAUCAGUUGAUCAAGGUGAUGAUAAAUUUGCAAUUAAAGAAAGAGAAUUUUAUGCACCAUAUUUUAUGAAAAUUAAUCCAGAAAAAGCACCAGUUGUUGCUCUUUUAGAAUUACUUAAAUUAAAUGCAACUGGUGGUGUAUUACGUGGUAUGAGAGUUCCUAAAUGUGUUUCACAAGUUGGAAAAGCAAUUGAAUUGGAAUAUCGUACAAGUUUAGGUGCAAAAAAAGAUGCUAAAUUAAACAUAAAUUCAUCAAAAAGAAAAAAAGUUGAUUUAAAAUUAAAAAAAAUUAUUAAAAAUUCAAUAGAUGGAGAAGAAGUUCAAGAAUGGGAUAAUCAAAUUAAAGCUAAAAUUGGUGGUGUAUUAAUUGCAUUUAUAAUGUCAGUUGCAAAAGUUAAAGUUAAAAAAUUUAUAACAAAUGAAAAUACAAAAUUACCAUCAGCUAUUGAAGAAUACCAUCCAGCAUUUUAUCAUGGUAUACAAUUUGUUGCAGGUAGUAGAGUGGGUGUUUUGAAAUUACACAAUGAACUCAUUAAAAACUUAUCAGGGAGUACUUUCACAGAAGCAAUCCAACCUCAAUCAUUACCGAUGUUAGUUGAACCAAAACCUUGGGAUGAUUUUUAUGGAGGUGGUAAUUCAUCAUAUUCAAGAAGUCCAUUAGUUAGAAUGAAAGAUGCUCCAGAAACUGAAGCUUAUUUAAAAACUGCUGCUAAAAGAGGUAAUCUUGAUGAAGUAUUUGAUGGGUUGAAUGUUUUAGGUAAAACUGCAUGGACAGUUAAUAAACAAAUGUUUGACGUCAUAAGUCAUUAUUGGAAUAAAGGUGAAGAAGUAUUAUCAAUACCACCAGUUGUUUCAAAGAUUGAAAUACCUGAAAAAUUACCUUCAAAUGCUGAUCCAUUGGAAAAAUUUGAACAAACAAAGAAAAUAAAUCAAGCUUUAUUAGCUCAUUUAACUGCAAAAUCGCAAAGAUGUGAUCAUAAUUACAAACUCGAAAUUGCAAGAGGGUUUAUAGGAGAAAAAAUUUAUUUCCCACAUAAUUUAGAUUUUAGAGGUAGAGCAUAUCCAUUAUCUCCACAUUUCAAUCAUUUAGGUAAUGAUUUAACAAGAUCGUUAGUUUUAUUUUGGGAUGGUAAAGAAUUGGGAGAAUCUGGAUUAAAAUGGCUUAAAAUUCAUCUAGCUAAUGUUUAUGGUUUUGAUAAAGCACCAUUUCAAGAAAGAGAAAAAUUUGUUGAUGAUAAUUUACAAAAUAUUUUUAAUUCUGCAAAUGAUCCAUUAGCUGAAAAUGCAUGGUGGAAAAAAGCUGAUAAACCAUGGCAAACAUUGAGUGUUUGUUUUGAAUUAAAUGAGGCAUCUAAAUUAUCAGAUCCAACUAAAUUUAAAUCACAUUUACCUGUCCAUCAAGAUGGUUCAUGUAAUGGUUUACAACAUUAUGCAGCAUUAGGUGGGGAUAUUGAAGGUGCAAAACAAGUUAAUUUAUUACCAAGUGAUAGACCACAAGAUGUUUAUUCAUUCGUUGCUAGAUUAGUUGAUAAAAGAUUAGAAGCAGGUGUUGCAAUUGGUGAUGAAAUGGCUAAAUUUUGGUCAGGAAAAGUUACAAGAAAAGUUAUCAAACAAACUGUUAUGACUAAUGUUUAUGGAGUUACAUUUGUUGGUGCUGUUUUACAAAUUAGAAAACAAGUUGAAAAAUAUUUAAAUAAAGAUGAUGUAAAUAAUGAUAAUCAUAUAUUAGUUAGAUAUCUAACAAAACAAGUUUUUGAUGCAAUUAGAGAAUUAUUUGAAAAUGCUCAUGCAAUUCAAGAUUGGUUAGGUGAUGCAGCUAAAAUUAUUACAAAAUCAGUUGCUUUAGAAUUUGGACAAGAUUCAGAUGAUGAAAGUGAAUUAUAUUCAAGUUCAGUUAUAUGGACUACUCCAAUAGGUUUACCAUGUGUUCAACCUUAUAGAAAUUCAAAAACUUCAAGAAUAAAAACUUCAAUUCAAGAAAUUUUUUUAAAUAAUCCUUCAGGUACAACACAAGUUGACUCAAGAAAACAACAAUCUGGUUUCCCUCCAAAUUUUAUUCAUUCAUUAGAUGCUACUCAUAUGUUAAUGACUGCAAAACAAUGUGGGUUAAAAAAUUUAGAUUUUGCAUCUGUUCAUGAUUCAUUUUGGACUCAUGCUGCUGAUAUUGAUAUAAUGAAUAAAUGCAUUAGAGAACAAUUUGUUAAAUUACAUUCAGCAAAUUUGGUUGAAUUAUUAAGAGAUGAAUUUAUUGAAAGAUAUAAAGGUUUUUAUCAAACUAUUUAUAUAAAUGGUGCUUCUGAAUUAGCUAAAAGAAUAAAAUCAAUUAAACAACAAUGGUCAAAAUCAAUAGGAAGACCAGUAUCAGUAACUGAUGAACUUUAUAUGGAAAGAAAAAGAUUAGAUUUAUUAAAAUCAGAUAAUCCAAAAGAUGUAAAAGCUGGUAAAGAAAUGGUUACUACUAUAAGUAUAAUCAAAGAUCAUGUUGAAGAUUUAAAAUCAGUUAAAGAAGAUAAAAAAUAUAAAGAUUAUACUAUACUAGUUCCAUUACAAUUUCCAGAAGUUCCAAAAAGAGGAGGAUUUGAUUUAAAAUCAGUUGAAGAAUCAUCAUACUUUUUUGCAUAA